CUACUGCGGGUGGGCAGGCGAGCACCAGGCGCAGGACAGCAGAAGGAGUGGGCCCAGGAGGGGCGAGUCCCGGCCGGGGUGGGCCCUGGGCCUAAGGCAUGGAGUCGGUGUGACUGAAGGAGGAGCCCCGUGAGGCCUCCCCGGUGGUAACCAGGCCCCGCCUCCCUGCCCAGCGCUCCUGUGACAUUCUUAGUUGUUGGUGACUGACUCACCCUCACCUCAGAAGCCUGGGCCAAGGGCAGCUAUUUAACCCGCUGCGCCCCGGCCGCCCGCCCGCCAGUCGCGCUGUGCACGCCGUGGGGAGCUGGGGCCCCAGCUGCAGACCUGCUCCUCUCCUGCACCUGCAGACCUGCUCCUCUCCUGGGCGGGUGCCUCCUUCCAGCCCAUCGGCAGAGCCGGCCCAGCCAUGGCCGUGCAGGUGCCCCUGUGGCACCACUACCUGCAGGCCAUCCGCUCGCGGGCGGCACCCCGGGCGCAGGACUUCCAGCGUGCAGAGAACGUGCUGCUCACGGUGCUGGAGCAGGUGCGCAGCCUGGACCCCCGCUUCCUCGUGGACUACUCCCAGGACCUGGAGGCCUUCCAGUUUGCCCUGCGCUCCUCAGAGGACCCGCUGGAUGUGGAGGUGCCCCUGCAGGUGGACGCCGAGGCCCUCCUGGUCGAGGAGGUGGGGGCCGCUGCGGCAGGGGAUGGUCCGGCAUGCUACCGUCUGGGCGUCCCUGGGGCAGGGGCCGGCCUGGAGCGGUGGAUGACCGAUGACGUCUUCAGCGCCUCCUCAGAGGGCAGGGCCAAGUGCUGUGGCCACAUCGUGCCCAGCAAGGUCCUGCAUGUCCUCAGGGACCUUCUGGUGGCAGCCAUCGUGCACUGCAAGCACCACAGCCUCAUCACACCAGGUUCUCUGAACGCGGACAGUCUGAGGGAAGAGCAGCUUCACCUGUCCCUGCUGGUGUCCAGCGGCUGGAGAACGAUCCGCUUCAAUGUCAUGCCCGUGGUGCGGACAAGGCUCAGGGUGCCAGCCCUGGAGGGGGCCCAGCUGGUGCCUGGGUUCCCCGAGGGCAGCCUGAAAAGGAUCACUGGCCAGGAGGUGGCCCUGGUGCCGGCCAGUGCCGAGCACUGGAGGGUCUCCACUGACUACCUGCUCACCAGGCUGCUUGGUGUGCUGGGCUCCCUCCAGGGCCACCGCCUGGACAGCCUCUCCAUCCUGGACCGAGUCAACCACGAGAGCUGGCGGGAUGGCGGCCAGGGCCCAGGCCUGACUUUCGGCCACCUGAAGACAGUGCUGCUGUGGGCCUCGGUGCUCUUCCCGACGCCCGAGGACUGGGCAGAGCUGCAGGGCGCCGUGUACCGGCUGCUGGUGGUGUUGCUCUGCGGCCUGGCCACCAGGACGCUGCCCCACUUCCUCCACCCCGAGCGGAACCUACUGCAGGACGCCAGCCUGGACCCCAGCACCCUCUACCGGCGCGUGGAGCGCUUCGCCAGCCAGCCCGAGGCCUCCCUGCGCAUCCACGUCACCCACCUGGGCCGCAGCGCCCCGCCGCGCAUCGGCAGCGGGGUCAGGGCGCUCCUGCAGCUGCCUGCCAGCGACCCCACCUACUGGGCCACCGCCUACUUUGACGUCCUGCUGGACAAGUUCCAGGUCUUCAACAUCCAGGAUAGGGACCGGAUCUCGGCCAUGCAGAGUGUCUUCCGCCAGACCAAGACUCUGGGCGCCGGGGAGUGCUGAGCCGGGCGCCUGUCCCACCGCCCACCCCCACCUGGCUGCACUGCCCCAGGGGGCCCCUGAACACCUGGGGGAGGGACCGGGCUUCACCUGCGUGGGUAGGGGGUGGUGGAGGGACCACCCGCGCCUGGCCAGGGUCAGCCCCUGGGGGUCUGAGAAAGCAGGGCAGUGGGUCUCCAGAGGCCCUGGGAUGAAGGUGCCACGCCCUUCGUGUGACCCGCUGUGUGCCGCGGGCUGAUGCAUCCCUUGUGGCAUCGUCAAGACUGAGAACCGCGUGUGCAGUGAGACCGGAGCUUGUCCCCACCUGCACCGUGUGCUGCCCCGCAUGGUGAACUCCCUGUAUCUGAUCUUGAAUAAAUCAGUGUUCUGCACCUA